AUGUAAGAUUAAGUCAAAGAAUUAAUUGAAGAGAUAAUUCCUAAUGUAAAAUAAAAUUCUUAAUAAUUUAGAUUAGAGUAGAAGUAAUUAAAGAGUAGAAUAGUUUUAAGCAAAAUAAGAAAUCACAGAUUCACAAUUUAUUAGUAAUUAAUUGGCAGAAAAACGAAGAGAGGUUUAAACUUGACACAUAAUGCAUUUUAGCUAGCAUAAUAGAUUAUGAAUUAAAUUGAAUAAGAAUUUGAAUAGGAUAAGCAAUCUUUAAUUCGUACUUUUUCUUUAAGUUUAAGUCAAAGCAGAUCUAUGCAAGUAUUAGAAUAAUAGUAUUAAUUUAUUAUCAUAGAGGGAUUAAGAUAAAAAAUAUAAAGAGAAUACACAGGAUAUGUAGAAGAAGAAGUAAGAUAAAAAACCACAAUUUAAUUAAAUUGAAUUGUUAAAAAAAAUAUGAUGAAGAAAGAAUAGAAAUGAAAAAUUUAAUGACUAAUGAAUUUACUGAAAAAUUAUAAAUUCAUUUAGAACAGCUAGAAUAAAGUAUUAUUAAUUUAUAGUUCCAAAGCAAAAUCUUAAUUGACAAUUGAUUAUUUGAAUUAAAGAGAAAAAUUACUAAGAAUUGAGGCUGAAACUAAAAAAUUUUAAUCAUAAAAAGAAAACUAAGAAAAUGUAUACGGAUCAUAGAUUUAAGAAAUUUAUGAAUAGAUUAAGAUAAUUCAAGAUUAGUUAUCAUAAAUUAAAAAAAAUAGGUAAUUCAACCUAUCCAAAAUGAAACAUAAUCUGAAUAAUCACCAUAUUAAUCUACAAUUUAAAAAUUAAAUCCUUAAAGAAUGUUUCGUUUAUGAAGGAUUAAAUAUUGUAAAUUUUGAUGAUUUACCAGAAAAAUAUUAUUUGAAAAUAAAACCAAAUAUAUUUGACUAAAAAUAAGAAAUUUAAAAUAUGAUACCAUAAAAAAUGAAUCAAAUAAUAUUAAAAAAUAAGAUAUAAUCUAAACAAUAAAUACUUAAAUUAAUACUCUUGAUACUUAAAAAUAAUAUCAUUUAAUGUUUUUAGCUUUCAAUUGUUAAAAAUACUAUAUAUCAGACAAAAUUAUAAAAUUUUACAAACACCACUUUAUAAAAGUAAUAAUUUUCAUAACAUUAAUAAAUUUAAAAGCAAUAAUUAAUUCAAUAAGAAAAAGAGAAUGAUCCUUCAAUACAAAAACUUCUAAUAAUUUAAAAGAUAUAGUUUAGACAAUUAAACAAUUAAAUCUUAAUUGAUCAAUCAAUCAACAAUAAUAAAAAAUUGGAAAAUUUUGUAAAGUAAAAUUAGAUAAAUCUCAAAGUAUUGAUAAUUAGAGAUCAUCUAAAAUCUAAUUACCAUAAGAUCAUUUUGAAGAACUUUUUAGAUAACCAAACAACAAAAAAUAUUGAAUUAUUAAGAUAAGAAUUUUAAACAAAAUUUUUAGAGGAUAUUUAAUUAGAAGAUUAUUAUUUUUAAUAGAUCACUUACUUCAAACUUAAGGUCAUAUAAUAGUUUCCAAAAAAUUAAUAAUCACAAAUAGCAGAAUAAAUUUUAGAAUUAAUAUCUAUUUGGAAUAAAGGACAAUUUAUCUUUUUCUGA